GGCGCGCGCCGCCUGGCCCGGCGGAAAGUUUUCCUGGAGGAGUUUUGGCGGCGGCGGCGGCGGCGGCGGCGGCGACCGGAGCUGGCCAUGGACGCGCUCAAGUCGGCGGGGCGCGCGCUGAUCCGGAGCCCCAGUCUGGCCAAGCAGAGCUGGGCGGGCGGCCGGCAUCGCAAGCUGCCGGAGAACUGGACCGACACCCGGGAGACCCUGCUGGAGGGCAUGGUUUUCAGCCUCAAGUACCUUGGCAUGACGCUGGUGGAGCGGCCCAAGGGUGAGGAGCUCUCUGCAGCUGCCGUCAAGAGGAUCGUGGCCACAGCCAAGGCCAGCGGGAAGAAACUGCAGAAGGUAACACUCAAGGUGUCGCCCCGGGGGAUCAUCCUGACGGACAGCCUCACUAGCCAGCUCAUUGAGAACGUGUCCAUUUACAGGAUCUCCUACUGUACCGCAGACAAGAUGCACGACAAGGUGUUCGCUUACAUCGCCCAGAGCCAGCACAGCGAGAGCCUGGAGUGCCACGCCUUCCUCUGCACCAAGCGGAAAGUGGCACAAGCCGUCACCCUCACUGUAGCCCAGGCCUUCAAAGUUGCCUUUGAGUUUUGGCAGGUGUCCAAGGAAGAGAAAGAGAAGAGGGAGAAAGCCAACCAGGAGGGAGGCGACGCCUCAGGGACCCGAUGUGACGGCACCUCCUCAUUGAAAAGCUUGGUUGCCACUGGAAACCUGCUGGAUUUGGAAGAGGUAGCUAAGGCCCCGUUGUCUACAGUCACCGCUAACACCAACAACAUGGACGAGACACUGCGGCCUCCAGUCUUGGGCAACAGCAGUGUUGUCUGGGAGCUGGAUGAUGGCCUGGAUGAAGCCUUUUCAAGGCUAGCACAGUCACGGACGAACCCUCAAGUCCUGGACACUGGGCUCUCAGCACAGGACAUCCAGUAUGCGCAGUGCUUGUCGCCCACCGACUGGGACAAGCCUGACAGCGGUGGCAUCGAUCAGGAUGACUUCUUCAACUUCUGAGGGCCUGGGACCAGCAGGACACACUGGCCUUGACUUGUGAUGGACCAAAAGCCACUUGCAGCAGGGUGGCCGUCUCCAGGAGCCGAGAGCUGCAGUUAUCAGGGAGAGAGGGCAGAAAGGGCCGGGACUAUCCAGUCAGUGACUCCUGGUCUACACUCGGAAACCAGGUUUGCUUCCGUCAGGCGCCCACGGUGUGUGCAGGGCAGGGCCUGGCCUCCUGGUGCCCCUCCUGCUGUGGGUGUCAAGACAACGACCAAAGCAUUCCAUGUUCCUUUUCUCCUCAGGCAGUGCAAGCCUGUCAUUCUUUGUGCACUGGAGGGGACAUGGCCUUUAGGGGAGCUGGGGCCCUCGAGUUCAGCUUCUUUGGGGCAGCCCCUGACCAAAGACACGUAGCUCUGCACUUUAACUCUCACAGAACGGACAUGGGUUUGAGGUCCUCGCUGGUGCUGGGGAGUAGAGCCUGCCUCCUGCCCUCCCUCCACAAGAGGGCCACCGUCCCUGAGGUGGUCGGUAGAGUGCUAGGACCUAGUGUGCCAGCUGCCUGGACUUCCAGUCUCACCGCAGCCGUGGGGGUCGCCUCUGUGGCUCCCCAGCAGACAAAGCUGGGCCUGCUUUUCUGUUUUUGUCUGUGUGUCCUUGUGUGUGCUCCAUCUUCUGCCCACCCCCCUCCAGUUCUGGGACGAUACCAAAGCCUCGCACUAGGUUGUGGCAGAAUAUUUUUCAUCCAUUUUACAGAUAAGGAAACUGAGGCAACACAUGUUGGGAGGGGGGGUGGAGUUGAGAAUAGAACCCAGGUCUGAUACCAAAGCUGCUGUCGGUCCGCCCACCUCUCACAGCCCACGCCCCCCUUCUCUCCAGUUUUGUUGUCCUCCCAGGAACCAAAAAGCCCUAGCUAUUUUCUGACCAAAAUGUGUUUCAUAACAAUCCAUCUGGUGCCUUUCCACACAGCGCUGGCUCAGGCCUCCAUGCCCUGCUAGCUGCCACGCUGCUGACUUCCGGGGAGGUGUGUUUUGAAGUCUGUCGAUUCCACGGGUGAAACGGAAUCCUCCAGAAGCAUCUUCCUGAUGUGGCAGCCCCAGUGGUCCCCCCAACCCCACCCGGUGGUCGGGCAGUCCAGUGGUGAGCUGUUUUAGUCUCGCUGGUCCCAUGGGCUCUGGCAUCCUGAACCUCAGCCAAGCCACGAGCAUCUUUGCAUCGCUAGGAGCCCCCAGUGGCCGGGCUUAUGAGAGCAGGUCUCAGUAGCCCCAGGAAAACCACAUCAGCAUGACUUAGUUCCCAGCUCUGGGUGCCUGAGUCAGACCCUUGCCUUAAGGAAGGCACUUGGAGAAUCCUCACUAGAACAAGGGUAGCUCCUUUUCCCCAGCCAGCUCCAGGGUCCUGAGUGCGAAGGACUGCUAUGGUGUUGGGUGGUGCUGUGGUCUUGACAGACUGUCCACUUCCUGUUCCUGCUGGGUGAAGCUGGAAAGGCGGCUCUGAGGAAGAAACAAUAAAUGUUCCCUUUUUAUGUGUAAGCAUCA